GUGCCCGGGGAGCGCGCACGGUACCCGGGUGCUUGCGGUGCGCGGGUCGGCGUCGGCGGCCCCGGGGCCGGAGUGACCGCGGAGCCCAGGGUCGGCGGGGCGCAGCGCCGCGAUGCUGGUAGCCGUGUGCGCGGCCGCGGCGCUGUGCGUGGCCGUGGCCGUGGCCGUGGCCGUGGCCGUGGCGGUGCGCGCAGCGCUGCCCGGCGCCCCGGCGCUGCGGCACCGCCUGGCCCGGGCCGUGCUGCGCCGCGCCGCGGGCUGGCAGCGGCGGCGCCUGGAGCUGCGGAGCACCGAGGUGCGGCGCAGCCAGGAGCGGCGGCUGCGGCAGCUGCUGCCCGCCGGGUCGGCCCCAGGCUCGGACGCUUUCCGGGAGAAUCACCCGCUGAUGCUGAGCAGCCCUGAUGGGGACCCGGGUGGGCCAGAGGCUCCGCUCCUGCUGCUGGGCCCCUGGGCUCUGCUCCGGAGCUGCUGGGCUGCGGACCCCCCUUUCCAGGGGGCCCUGCUGUACCUGGAUGUCCUCCGCACCACCUUCCCACAGGCGCUGGCUCUCCGGGGCACAGCCCUCUUCUGCUGGGCCCCAGGCAGCCCCCGCGCCCCGGCGGGCUGGCCCCUGCCCACGCUGUACUGCACGCCAGCCGAGGCAGGCGCCGUGCCCUCGCGGGCCGCGGCCCUGCGGCUGCAGCUGCUCUUCGCCCUGCGGGAGCGGGGCCUGCGCGUGCUGGAGGCCGGGCUGGCCUCCGAGCUCUGCGACGCGCUGGCGGCCCUGCGCGCCGGCUGGCCCGGCCUGGCCGAGGACCUGGCGCUGGGGCGGCUCAGCCCGCAGCUCGAGCUGCCCACGGGCACGCACCGCCGGCUGCAGGCGCUGCUGGUGCCCGACGCCGCCCGGGCGGCUGAGCUGCGGGCUGAGUGCGCCCGGGGCUUCGAGGGCAUCGCGCGGCGCCUGUGGCCACAGCUGCAGGUGGUGGUGGUGGGGACGGCGCAUGGAGGGGAGCAGCUCUACAGCGAUGCCCUGCAGCAGGAGGACUGCAAGGGGCUCCCUUUCUACUCCCCCUUCUACUGGGCUGCUGGAGCGCUGCUCGGCGUGAACCUCUGGCCGGAGGAGCCAAGCCCCCGCUUUCUGCUGUGCCCCGAGUGGGCCUUCUGCGAGUUCCUGCCCUGCCCGGCCCAGGAGGAGACUGCGACGGCGCUGCUGGGGGAGCUCUGGGAGGGCCGGGAGUACGCGCUGGUCCUCACGGCCCGGCCCGGGGAGUACAGGUGCCGCGCGGGAGAGGUGCUGCGGGUGGCCGGGUUUCACAAGCAGUGUCCCGUGGUGGAGCCCGUGCGCAGGGAGAGCCAGACGCUGAGCGUGCGGGGCGAGAGCAUCCCCGAGGAGCGCUUCCUGCAGAGCCUGCGCCGCGCCGUGGCCGCGUGGCCGGGAGCCCGCCUGGUCGACUACGUGUGCGUGGAGAGCAUCCUGCUGGGUGCCUCUUCGGGGGCCUGUGCCCCCCACUACCAGGUCUUCGUGGAGCUGCAGGGUGUGCGGGACCUGUCGGAGGGGCAGCGCUACAAGCUGGAUCACUGCCUCCAGGAGGAUUUCCCCACCUAUAAAUCCUUCCGCUUCAAGGGCAGCAUCGGGCCCCUGCGGCUGCACCUGGUGGCGGCGGGGGCCUUUGCCCGGCUGCGGGAGGCCGUGGGCUGCCCCCGGCCCAUGCCCAGGGUGCUGCGGGAGAGGCGGCUGCUCUCCGCCGUGCAGAACGCGGUUGUCUCCUAGGGCGGCCGGGGCUCCCCGCAGCCCGGCCGCUGCUCGGAGGAGACGCUCCGCGCACGGCCACGCAGCAGCGCUUGCAGCGUGCCCCGCCGGGGCGCCCGUCCCCAAGGGCGGCUGAGCCGGCCCUCGGCCGGGGCCAGCGUGGGACCCCCCCGGGCUGGCCAGUAGUGCCGGCGCUCUCCUGGCCCUGCCGGGGCCGCGGCACAGACGUGGAGGGGUGUGUGGUCCUCUCUGAGCAGGGAAGCAAAGCCAGCACCCCGUCACCUGCCGAGCUCUGCUGCCGGAGCCAGAGCCGAGCCAGGCCCUGGGAACAGCCCCUGAGCCAGGCUCCAGGGCGUUUCCGCUGGUUUAGGAAACAAUAGGCUCCAGCAAGGGCUGCUUUUAAUGACUGGAGAAAAAAAAAAGUGAAAUAAAGGAGGAUUAUCUCUCAAAAAUAAUAAAGGGCACUGCUCUGGGA